AUGUCUUAUAUUGCCGCAUUGGAUGUGGGAACCACAACGGUACGCUGUUUUGUGCUCAAUGAAAAAUGUGAAAUAAAGAGUUGCGCCGUGGAAGAGGUACAACUUUUGAAUCCCAAAGCGGGUUAUUUUGAAAUCGAACCGGAAACAUUGUGGCAGCAAAUUGUAAGGGUCAUACAAAAUGCAGUUAAAAAUGCCGAAUUAGAACCCUCACAAAUCUCCUGCCUUGGCAUUAGCAGCCAACGUUGCACCUUUUUGACAUGGAAUCACAAAACCCAAGAGUAUUUCCAUAAUUUCAUAACUUGGAAAGAUUUACGUUCCGAUGUAUUGGUAGAUGAAUUCAAUCAUAGUGUGGCCUUGAAAACCCUGAAUAGUUGUGCCUAUGCCUUGUAUUUGCUAACACGUAGUAAUCGUUUUUUGGCCGGUAGUGUUUUAAAAAUGAUGAACGGUCAGGUGACCUUGAGAUUAUUAUAUGAAAUGCGAAAUAAUUCGCGGCUAAAAGAGGCCAUGAAACGUAAAUGUGUUCGUGUUGAGCUGUUGGAUUCAUGGAUUCUAUAUAAAUUGAGAUCGGGUAAUGGACGGGAUUCACAAGUGGAUCAUAUUGCGGAUAUUACAUCGUGCACGGCGACGGGCAUGUUUGAUCCAUUUCAAUUGCAAUGGUCACCGAUUGUGAAAAUGUUGACGGGAAUUGAGGUCUCAAUGUUACCGAAAAUUGUCAACAAUUCGUAUAAAGAUUUUGGCUACAUUGACCCAGUAGAUUUUGGACCGGAAUGGAAAAAUUGUCGUAUACCCAUAACAAGUUCAAUAAGUGAUCAAUGUGCCUCUAUGUUUGGCUCCCAAUGUUUUCAAAAAGGUGAUGUUAAAAUAACAAUGGGUACGGGAGCAUUUUUAGAUUUAAUUACGGGUAAAACAUGUCAGGCAUCACUGCAGGGUAUGUACCCCUUGGUGGCAUGGCAAUAUGGUAAAGAUACCACAUUUUGUGUUGAGGGAGCUGCGCAUGAUAUGGGUACCAUUAUUGCAUGGGGACAAAAUUGUGGUCUCUACACGAAGCCAAGUGAAACGGAGGAGAUAGCAGAAUCGGUGGCGGAUACAAAUGGUGUUUAUUUUGUACCGGCUUUUAGUGGUUUGGGGGCCCCCAUUAAUGAUCACAAAGCUGCCUCGGGAUUUAUUGGCAUUACACCCUCCACUCAGAAAGCCCAUAUGGUAAGGGCCCUAUUGGAAAGUAUUGUUUUUCGUUUGGUAAAACUUGUGGAAACGGCCGAAGAGGAAACUCAACAGAAAUUGAAAUUAUUAAGAGUCGAUGGUGGUGUAUCGCGCAACAAUUUCGUCUGUCAAUUCUUGGCCGAUGCCACAGGGAUUUGCGUGGAGCGUGCCCGCAAUCCUGAAAGCAGCAUUAUGGGUGCCGCCUAUGCUGCGGGGCUUAAUCUUGGCUUGUGGAAUUCAUUUGAAGAUCUUGCCCAAUUUCGUGAUGUCGAACGUUGUUUUGAGCCACAGGAGAAAAAAUAUGCGGAAAUACGUGAACGUUUAAAUGGUUGGCUCAGGGCUGUUGAGCGAUUUGGUCAGUGGUAUUGA